UAAUGGAAGGUAAAUUUGAUUUCUAUUUAGACAUCUUUAAAUCACCCUCUAAUAAAUUCUUUAUAAUUAAAUACAAGACCAGAGGACAAGCUGAUUAAAGUCUAAAUAAUAAAGUGAUUUUCUUACAAAAAAGAUUUGAUUAGUAAUUAAGGAAUGCAGCCUAAGUAUGUGAAUAAGUAGGAGUCUUUUUGAGUUGUUUGGAUCAACAAUCAUUUAUUGCUUUUGGUACAAUUUAGAAUGAACCAACUGAUUUCGAUUAUCUUACCGUAUUUCUUAAAAGUUAUCUCAUUAGGAGGAAUAAUAGCAAAAUUUGAGUAAAUUACAAGAGUUUUUCUAAUCAUUUGUUAAAGUAGAGUGGAUAUUUAAAGGCGUGCUUAAUUUUGAAAAAACUAAAAAUAUCAAAAAUGAUUUGAAUGAAAUGAAACCAGUCAAUCAUUGUAAAGAUGUCUAAGAAUUAACUUGUUAGACAGCAGAAUAAGUAUAAUAUAUAUAAUUAUUCAAAGUUAUUAUCAUUACUUUAAAAAUAAGAACCUUAUAAACCUUAAGUUUAAUGGGGUGUUGUGAUACCACAAAAAUUUGGUGAAAUAAUUAGCAAAAAUUUUAGACAACAUGAUAAUGAUAAAUAAAAAAGUAGUAAAAGUAGAAGUCGUCAUAAAGAAAAAGAUAAAGAUAAAGAAAAAGAUAAAGAUAGAAGAAAAUCAAGCAAAGAUAGAGGAAAAGAUAAAAAAAGUUAUGAUCGUAAAAGUAGGGAAAGAAGGAGUAAAGAUAGAAGAAGCAAAGAAAGAAGUUAAAGAAGAAGCAAAGAUAAAAAAAAAAAAAAGCAAUGAAAAAAAAGAUAACAGAGAAGAUAUAAAAAGCCAAAAUUUAUCAGAGUUUGUUGUAUAUGAUAGUAUUCUAAUACAUAAUAGAUAAUAGAUAAGGAUUAAAGAGAAAAAGAAAGACAGACAAGAGAAAAAGAAUACUAGAAAGAAAAAGAUUAAAGAGAGCAAAGAGAAAGAGAGAGAGCAAAGGAAUAAAUAGAAUAGAGAGAAAGAGACAGAGAAAAAGAGUAACGUUAAUAAAAAGAAUAAGAAAAGAGAGAUAGAGAAGAAAAGGAAAUGUUAGAAAAAUUAAAGCUAAAAGAGAAAGAAAAGGAAAAAGAAAAAGAUAGAGAUAGAGAAAAAGAAAAAGAAAAAGAAAAAGAUAGAGAAAAAGAAAAAGAAAAAGAAAGAGAGAGGGAAAGCAACAAAGACAGAGAAAAAGAUAGAUAAAGAGAUAAAGACAAAGAUAAUAAUAGAGAUAGAGAAAAAUUUGAUAAAAGCAAAUAUGAUAAAAAAGAUGAUCAUAGAUAAAAAGAGAGGAAUGACUCUAAAUAUGAUUAUGAUAGAAAGCAAAAAGAUAAAGAUAGAGAAAGAGAUAAAAAUAGAGAAAAGUCCAAAGAGAAAUCUUUUGAGAGAUCGGAUAGAAAAGAUAGAGAGAGAAAGAAAGAUAAAGAUAGAUCGAGAGGUGGUGACAAAGAGAGAGAUAGAGAUUACAAUAAUAAGAAACAUAAAGAUUAUAGAAGAGAAACAACAAAAAAGAGAAGCGAGGAGAGAUCUAAACCUCGAUCUAGAAGUGAAGACAGAAGAUAAGGUCAUAACUCAAAUAAAAAUAAGAAGACCUUUGAUUUAGCUUCAUAAAGCGAAUAACCAAGAGAAAACUAGUACCAAAAAAUUAAUAAAAUAGUUCAUCUGUGUCAUUAUCUUCCCAUAAAUAAGUGUAAGAGCAACAAGAUCUUGAAUUAGAAUAAACAUCAAUUAGACCAGAAUAGAAGGACCAAGUAGAUCUUGGAGUUAUUUUGAAUGUUUUGGAUUCCCCAAUAAAAAAUACCUAAUAAUUUUAACCUUUGAUUUAACCUGUUAUAAUUACACAAGCUGAAUAAUUAGUAUUAACAAAACAGAGUGAAUCACAAUAAUCAAAUAUUCUAAAUAGUGAUUCUAAAAAAAGGAUAUUAUUAGUAAAUUAAGAAAAAAGCUAAAGUAUGCCAGAUAGUGUUGAAUAGCAAAAAUAAUUAAAUCCAGGUUCUAUGAAGAUCAUAAAAGAUGCUCCAUCAAAAAGUAUAUAAUAAAUAACUAAUCAACAAAGUUAAGCAAAAAAGUCAGUGGUAAUUUAAGACUAAAAACAAGUAUUCAUUAUUAUAUAUUCAAAAGGGAAGUGGAAAUUAAAUUAGGGAUAGGAUAAUACUUAAAAAUAAAUGAG